AUGCAGGUAGACGCCGCGGACUCGCACUCAAUCUCAGCUGUUAACGGGCAAAACGUCCGCGCCGUGAAGCGCUCAGCUUCCGAGGAACUGGAUGCCGCACCUGCUACCAAGAGAAUCGAAGGGAAUGACAUUCGGUUAGAAGAGGCAGAUGUUAAACCCCAAAUCGCUAAGCGGGUAGUUCCAUUCCCAGAAAAGCCCGCAGUUAUUGAAGAACGAAACGGCGAUAUUGAAUUCCGAGUCGUUAACAAUGACGGAGCUAGAGAGAGUACGAUUGUUCUUACAGGUCUCAAGAACCUGUUCCAAAAGCAACUUCCAAAGAUGCCAAAAGAUUACAUCGCGCGCCUCGUCUACGACCGUACUCAUCUGUCGCUCGCCAUCUGCCGGAUGCCUCUUGAGGUCAUAGGCGGAAUAACCUACCGCGAAUUCCGGAGUCGCAAAUUCGCAGAAAUAGUCUUUUGCGCCAUAUCAUCUGAUCAACAGGUCAAAGGAUACGGAGCACAUCUCAUGGCUCACCUGAAGGACUAUGUGAAAGCUACUUCUCCAGUAAUGCAUUUUCUGACGUAUGCUGAUAAUUUUGCAACUGGCUAUUUCCAGAAGCAAGGCUUUACCAAAGAGGUUACGCUACCAAAGUCUGAAUGGAUGGGCUUUAUCAAGGAUUACGAAGGAGGCACACUGAUGCAAUGCACUAUGCUUCCACGCAUCCGGUACCUCGAAGUCGGUCGCAUGCUUUUAAAACAAAAGGAAACUGUCCAGGCCAAAAUACGCUGCUUAAGUAAAAGCCACCUUGUCCAUCCUCCACCUCAGCAAUGGGCCAACGGCGUUGUUCCAUUCGACGCAACCACCAUUCCCGCUAUCAAGGCCACUGGCUGGUCAGCGGAAAUGGAUGCUUUAGCACGGGAACCACGCCGCGGACGCCACUUCAAUAUAUGUCGACUUUUCCUAUAUCAAAUUCAAAAUCACAAGCAAGCCUGGCCGUUCCUCAAGCCAGUGGACAAGGACGAAGUGCCCGAUUACUAUAAGACUAUUACUUCGCCAAUGGACCUGUCGGCUAUGGAGGAGAGGCUGGAGAAUGGAUUUUAUACGACUCCUAAUCUUUUCAUCGAUGAUCUGAAACUGAUCUUUAGUAAUUGCUUGCUGUAUAAUGACCCUACUACUAUUUACGCAAAGUGUGCGGCGAAGCUGGAGAAGUAUAUGUGGUCGCUUGUCAAGGAGAUUCCUGAGUGGUUUGAUUUACUGGAGGAGUGA